AUGGAAUCUCAGCACCACGAUGCUGCUGAUGCACGGUCAAGGAUUCUCUUUGACUAUUCCAAUGUGGUGACAAUGGUGGCGGGAAAGGGACACAUGAAACACUACUUUACUUUCGAUCUGUCCCGGCUGUGUCAGGAGUCUACGUACUUUGACGACCGUCUCCAUGGAGACUAUCGAGAAGCGUGCCAACGCCACAUCAACUUUGGAAGCAUUAACCCGCACACGGUCGCCUGCAUGCUCUACUGGUUCCGAGGCUGGGAUUGCCCAUCUUGUGAGGCUGAUGCUCAUCACAUCAUCGACGCAUAUGCGUUGGGCCACAGAUACGUUGUCCCGCGAUUCAUGAGGCAUCUGGUCCAGAAGAUGCAGAAAUUCCUGGAUGACCAGGGGCCCGAUAUCGCGGACGUUGACCUUGGUUGUAUCAUCCACCUGUGCCGUGUCGUGGGAGAUGAAUGCGAUCUUUUAGACUGCAUUGCUCGGCAUAUUGUGACUGGGAACGGAAGCCCCUUGUCAAUUCGGACACUACACAAUCAUGCAAGUGUGAAGCAUCUCAAUGACUUGGGGGAGCUUGAAGGGGCGAAGGUGUCGGAAUUGAGGGCGCAGCUUGGACUCGGCAAUGCCCAAAGAACUCGUCCCUCGUUAGACCUGCACACUCAACGGCCAAGUGAGUUCUGUAUGCAGCAUUUCCCAGGCCAGAAUACACCGACGGAGGUGGGUAUUGGAGCUCAGGACGAGGAUUUGAGCACACGGGAGGAUAACCUCGACCUCGAUUACGACCUGUCCAUAUUGGGAUUUGACAACUGA